ACAUAUCCUGCUUAUUUUUUGUUUCCGCCUCUUUUUUAGUGGUGACAUAUGAAGACCUGGUGGUCAUGUUGUCCAAACAGGCUGUUCAGUUAUUUGAUGUACGAACUCCUGAAGAAUACCAGGCUGGACACAUUCCGCAGGCUGUCAACAUUCCAUUGGACACUCUGGAGGAAUCUCUGAAGCUGAUUCCUGAGCACUUUCAGCAUAAAUUUCAUGUGAAUGCACCGAAGAAAGAUGACCAGGACAUUGUGUUUCAGUGCAGAACUGGAAUAAGAAGUGCCAAAGCACUGGACAUCGCUUAUCAGCUGGGUUAUAGCAGGGCGAAGCACUAUAAAGGAGGGUACAGUGAGUGGACAGAGAAGAGGGAAUAUUAAUCUGCACCUGAAAUCCCACUCAGACUGAAUCCUGGACUUCAGUCAAGCUAUGUAUUUAAAUGGACAAAAACUACCAAAUGACAGAAUAAUGCUGAGC